GGCUGUUGUGUCGCCUGUCAGAGGUAACAGAGGGCCGGGUGUCAUUCUGCCCCGUAAUCUGUAAUCAGUGAAAUGAACACGAUGUCCAUACACUAUGUAGGACUUAAACUGUGUACUGCAGUCUCUUUUCAAUUACUUUAUAAUUACAGUGACAGGACGUUUGAUAUUGGCAUAGGAGAUUUGGAGAAAUGUCUAUAAAUAGAUCACAUUGUAAUCGUAUAUGCCAUAGGUAAGUGUGUAUUCUAUAGGUAGUGACAGAAAGGUGUGCUAACACUGGAAAUACGUAUCAACACACCUCACUUUACCUAUAAUUGGGAUUUACAGGAUUUCGGAGACGACAUAUGUAAAGUCUGCUACAGAUUCAGAAUCCAGUGGUAGCGGAUGUAGCGGGUGUCUACUAGCGGUCUAUGGCUGGUGUACAUACUUAUGGUGUAUAUAAGAGGAGCGAUAGGCCUUGCUCUCCCGAGCCUGUCCAUCUAUCGAUACACUACGUGGGUUAGGAAGGCGAACUUUACAGUCUCUAUCUAUCAACAAGCAACAGCGGCUUUACACUACUUAUGUGUUCAGAUCUUCAUUAAACAUUGCGGACGAAUUCCACAUGCGCAAUGACAUCGGAUUAUCAAUGAAUUUUGAAAAUAUAAAAUGAUUAUUUAUUAAUGAGUCAGUGUGACGCAGGCGCAGAAUACUCUGUUUGGAAUACAUUGAGGAAAUAUACGGUGACCGUAGUGGAUACGCAUGCGCGAUACAUAUAUUACUGGUUCCGGAAGACUCACAAAUGUUUAUUUGUAAAUAGUGAUGAGAAAUAUAUCUUUGAUGCAGUCGUUGUUUUUGAAAAGUUGCUAGCGCACAUGCGCAAUAAUGUUUGUGACAAAUAUCCACAAGUGCUUCUACAAUUCUAAAGGAAUGACGGAUGACUUCAUUUAUUUGGGACAAAAUUAAUUUAGAUUCCAACUUAAAGAAAUGCUAGAAAGUUGAACAUCCUUUGGCCUGACAUUCGAUCAAAGCUUCAGACAUUCGUGGGUACAACAUGGAUUUCUAAUAAAGGGAAUCGGAGCUGGUUUCACGUUUCGUACAGAUGGGCGAGAGUUGAUGAAUUACCUAUAACGUAUCACGUGUCACCCAAAGCUGCUAGUGCCAAGUCGUGUUGUCGGUAUUGACCACCGGUGUUGUAUAUUAUCGUGGUUUUAUAAAGAUGUGGAUUCCUUCAUUUACAAAUAAUAGAAUGAUUUACCUUCAGGAAUCAUUGCUUAAGGAACAGAGUUAGCUGCACAAAAAAAAUUUUUUUUUUUUUUUAAAUGUAACAGAUAAGACAUUGAUAUGUGCCUGUACAGUUUGACGGGGAGCUCUGAGUGCUUUAUCCUGAAUCCAUGUCAUUGAUAUGAUUCAUCAGGAGACUCUGUUGUUUUUUAAAUGUGACUCAUACCAAGUGGCUCCCUUUUAUUAUACCUGCAACUAUGAACAUCACCCGAAAUCUCGUCCUUCAAACGAGAAUGGGCUGCGUAGUGCCGUCGUCAGAGUUUUAACAUACCGGCAUCUCUGUUGUUUUUACAACACUUGUGUCAUUACAACGGCCAUUUUAGCAAUAUUACCCAGGAGAACCUCAUUCAUGUCGACUGCAGUACCCAAUCAAAUUGCAUUUUACAACGCGUUUUCAAAUUCAACCAAUCACACGAUUGUUUACAAUGAACUGCCGACCAUCAAUGAAACUUACAAUGGAAGUGAUUGGGCAAAUUUUACCAAUUCCACGGAUGGCGAAUAUGAAGUAAAGCGUCCAGUCAUUGGGAUCGUUUUGUCCCUGUUUACAGUAGUAACCAUUUUUGGAAAUGUUUUGGUGAUUAUUGCCGUCUUUAAGGAGAUGUAUCUCAGAACAGUCACAAACUAUUUCAUCGUUUCGCUUGCUCUUGCAGACCUGAUGGUUGGCGGUAUUGUGAUGCCGUUCAGCAUAAGUCUGGAGGUUACAAAUGGAGUAUGGCUUUACGGCGAGGAAUGGUGUGACCUCUGGCAUUCGUUUGACGUACUAGCGAGUACGGCAUCCAUUUUGAAUUUGUGCGUGAUUUCGCUGGAUCGGUAUUGGGCCAUAACAGACCCUAUAGCAUACACAGCAAAGAUGUCUAUGUGUAAGGUGGGACUUCUCAUAGCGUUUGUGUGGCUCUGUUCUGCUGGUAUAUCGUUCCCAGCGAUAGCCUGGUGGAAGGCGGUUACCCCAAGUAAUCUUCCUUCACACGUUUGCAUGUUUACAGAAGACAGUGCCUAUUUGAUAUUUUCUUCCAUAGUGUCUUUCUACUGUCCGACUUUUAUCAUGAUGUUCGUCUAUCUACGGAUAUACCUUGCCGCAGCGGCACAAAUUAGAAGUUUAAAAGUCGGAAGUAAAGUGUUGACGUCAAAUGGCAGUCAUGGUAACAGAGAAAUAAUGACCUUGAGAAUGCACCGAGGAGGAAUGAACUCGCCGCGGAAUGGCCACGAGGAGCAUUACAGACGCGCUACACACGAGGAUUACUCGCAGUCAUGUGACCGGUGUAUGGACAAUGACAGUACAGCUUUGACGACACAGGACAGUAAAUUGCAUUUACCCCACACGCAUGCAACAAACGGCGCACACCAUCAUAGACCGGCAAAGUUUAUAACGAAGCGACUCCGACAGUUCGCGUUAAGCAAAAAAUUGACUAAACUCGCACGCGAGCAAAAGGCAGCGAAGACAUUAGGUAUUGUGGUUGGAGUUUUUAUAAUAUGCUGGCUUCCAUUUUUUGUUUUUAAUGUGUUACAAGGCAUAUGUGGUAUGGGUUGUUUAGUGUACCCGGAGCUACUUUUUCCUGUUUUUACUUGGCUUGGCUAUAUUAACUCCGGUAUGAACCCAGUGAUAUAUGCUCUGUCUAUGAGAGAUUUCAGACGAGCAUUUGGCAAGGUACUAUUCUGCUGUUGUCCAAAACAGCGAUUUUCUUAUCAGCGUGCACAUCAGAAAUAUACAACUUCAACCUCUAGUUUUACAGUGUCAUGCGCAGACAGAGUGUAGCAACUAAACACGGAUAACAUACAAUAUUGACAGAGUGUUUCGUAUUGAAUAGUGCUGUAAUUAUUUAUCACACGCUUAAUUAACAUAUGACGUCAUAGAGGCCAUAUGUCCGCCUGCUGGUCAGCGGAUGUGAUCCUGCUCACGUGCGAAUUUGACGAUACCUAGCUUUUAUGUGAUAAAUAGAAGCCGGAUUCUGUAUUUCCUCAUUAUGUCAUCGUCUUUGUUCAUCAUUUACAACAUUCAUUGUUUUAUUUUGUUUAAUACUCAGUUUGCUUUUCAAUACCCGUCAUUUGGAGAUGAUUAUAUCAGAUUUGAAAUAAAAUGCCACAAUAACAAA